AUGGUGGCUGGGUUCCGACGCUCGGCAUCACAGCGGAUGACUGCCAUGAGCAACCAAUUAACAACUCUCUUCCUUCUCAUGAUCAUGAUACUUUCAUGUGCUGUCAAUUGUCAAAAUGAUUAUCAUUCAUAUUUUGAUAAUUUCUAUUCGGGUAUCUCCAAAAUGGGAAUUGCAAACAUCGCCAUACAAUUAUCUCAAUUAGAUACCUCCUCCAACUCUAACAACAGAACAAUAUUAUUUUCAAAAAGUUAUGUCCAUGAAAAUUAUCGAUCAAAUUCCCAAAUUGGUGUGGAUUCUAUUUACAUGACAGGUCCAACUAUGAGUCAAUUAUUUACAAAAUUAAUUUCUCUCAAAUUAAUUCCAAAAGAAAAAAGAGGAAUCUCUAUGAAUGAAAUAUUGAAAUCUUUACAAUCCAAAGUACAACUGUCAGAUUCCAUAUUAGGUGAUUAUGUCAGUUGGUCUCGAAUGUUUCCAAUGGUCGAUUCUAACAGUCAUGUCACCAUUGAAAGUAUCAUUCAAGGCAAAUCAGGUUUUGAUUACAGAACUCCAGAAGAUUUAUAUCAAACGAAUAACCCACAAUCAUCCAGUACUUCUCUAUUAGAAUUAAUUGAAAAUAAUAUUUUAGGAAAAUUAGCUCCAAGAGUGAGACAAGCCAAUCGUUUCGAAAGCAGAAUGGACAUUGACGGCACUGCAUUGUUAGGUUAUUUAUUGUCUAAAAUGAAUUCGAAUAUGGGAAUGGAUGAAAUUUUCAAAUCUCAAUGGUCCAGUAGUUUAAAGUCAACAUUUCCAAUCUUCUCCUCAGAUAUGAAAGAUAAUUCCAAAUUUGUCAAAGCAACCAAAGAGAAGGAUUUUCUUGUGGAGGACACUUCAUUUCCUUAUUUUACAAUUUUUCCAGUCACUAGCUCGGUAUUCACAUCUGCUGAAGAUUUGAAUACUGUUGGAGCUCUUGUCAUGUCACAAUACUCAGAGAAGGAAUGGAUCGAUUACAACUUGAUGAAUUACAUGCGUCAUAAUGUACAAACGUAUUACUAUCAAAUGUCAAAGCAAGGAAAUUACAUGACAGCAAUCAUCUUAUUUCCAAAAUCAAAUUUAGUACUAUCCAUGACUGGUCUCUCUGUUUCAUUGAAUCAAGUGACUCAAUUAGUACAAGAUUUUGCUUAUCGCAUGCUUCCUAAUGUGAAUUGUUCUCAAUUUUUAAACAUGACUCUGAGUAGUGACAAGACGUCAUGCGUCUACACGACACCUCUUGUGAAUUUAGAACCAUUCUUUAGGAAGAGCUAUUUUAUGGAAAAUAAGAACAAGUAUGCAGGUUGUUAUAUGAAUACUGAAUAUUCACACAGUACAUUUAGAAAAUAUUUUAGCAUGAAAGAAAUGAUUUGUAUUGACUCGAGCAAUGACCAUUCUCAAAUGCUCACUGGAAGAUUUUAUAAUUAUGAUACGAAUAAUCCGAAUAGUCAAUCGAGAGUAUUUAGUGAGGAAUUUAUACUCCUGCAGGAUUUAGAUUUUGAUUCAUUCCGAAUGGGACACAAAUUACUUUCAGAUAAUAUGGCACAAUUCGAUAAUUAUGUCUCAAAUGUGACAUGGACAUUUAAAUCUGAUUCCACAAAUCGAUUCAUGUAUUUGAUUGGACCCUAUGAUACUCAACGUUAUGAAAGAUUUGAAGAUGGCAUUAGCAUGUUUUUAAUUUAUUUAUGUUUUGGAGCUCCAUUUGUCGUUGGAUUUGUGUUGCCGUUUGUUCAAUUGUUUUUCCUUGUUUUUGAAGUGAGAGAUCGAGUCAAGAAUGGAUACUCGAAUUUGGCCAAUGUGGAUUUGUCUCAUAUCAUGUUAUCUGGAGGUGAUUAUCAUUCAGAGAGUGAUGAAUCGGAUCGAGAGCUCGAUGAUCAUGGUGUUGAGAAUUCGCUCCGUAGAUAUUCAUUCCGAGUGAGUGAAGACCAAGAAAAGAACAAGAAGAAGAAAAAGAAGAAGAAGAAUGCCUCACUCAACACCAAGAUGGCAACAGGAAAGAAGUGGUCCAUCAUUGUGUCUGUAUUUUCAUUCAACCUUGUAAGCAUGUUUUUCUUUGCUGCAUUGAAAGGAUUGAAUAUUAUUUUGAUCUUUGGCAUUUGGCAACAAUGGUAUGCCUUGUUAGUGGUACCACUCGUAACAAUAUGUCUCACUGCCUUGUGUACGAUUUGCUCGGUCAUUCUACUCAUUGUGAGAAUUAAGAUUAGAACGGUGAGUGGAUGGGUGUUUUCCAUCUUAUACUUGCUCUAUAUCUUACUUGACAUUGCGUUUAUUGUUAUUUUGAUGAAGAUUAAUUGGUUUGGAUUUUGGAAUAUCAUGUAA